UCUAAUAUUUGCCGAUUGAGUGGCGACAUUGAUACCUAUGACGCUAGAUACUUGUGAUGAUGAUUGAUAAGGGGUAAUGGUGACUAUUGUGCACUGAAAUGGUAUUCUGACAUUGUGUAUUUACCAUUUGUAAUGAAAUUACCUACCUCUUAUCAUCCGACUAUCUAUCGGUCUCUCGUCAUUAUACUUUUGAGGGGUUCCUUGCGCGACACAACUGGGGAAUUGCCUAAUAUAUGUUGUCGGUAAAUGUUACACAAACGUUGGUGUCUCCGUUCACGAUGCGCCAACCGCGUGGUUAUUCAAGUAAUCUUACGUUAGUUAAUGACCGGCAGCUCGGGAAGAGGACCCGGAGCGGUGAAUACUGCUAGAAUCUGACAUCGCAUUGGUCGAUUUGUCAAGUGGAAUUGUAGCGUCAUUGGAUCCAUGUCAUCCAUGUCAUGCAAGCAUCCAGGGUCUAUGGAAGCAAAUGAAGCAAAUAAAACAUGGGCCUCCGCAUUGGAGAAAAAGAUUACGAUUUAGACCCUCUAAAUAUUAUGUAGAGAGAGGCUCCCUCGGACUCUAAGGCCUAUGCGCGCAACAUGGCUAUCACGUUGUCUUUUUUGGUAGCGGCCCUGUUCGCAUCGCCGCUAGGUGCAUCAGAUGCUUCAAGUUACGCGCGGUCGCCGCCGGUUUACCCGUCUCCGCCGGGGAAAGGAGUGGGUAUAUGGGCCGACGCGUACUACAGCGCACAGGACCUCGUAGGCCAGAUGACCUUGGAAGAGAAAGUUAACAUCACACGUGGUUUCACCGUCACUGAUAACGUCUGCGCUGGUAACACCGGAACUGUACCACGGCUAGGAUGGCCAGGCAUGUGCCUACAUGACGCUGGAAACGGAGUCAGGGCAACCGAUUUGGUCAAUUCGUACCCGUCGGCAAUCCAUGUCGGCGCAAGUUGGGACAAGAACUUAACAUACGAGAGAGCCUUUUACAUGGGAAAGGAGUUUAAGGCUAAAGGCAUUAAUGUUAUCCUCGGUCCUAAUGCCGGGCCGUUGGGGAGGAGUCCCUUAGGUGGUCGGAAUUGGGAGGGCUUUUCUGUCGAUCCGUACCUGUCCGGCCAGUUAAACGCGGAGACAAUCGUUGGGCACCAAGAUGCUGGCGUAAUUGCGAACAUAAAGCACUUUAUCGCCAAUGAGCAGGAAACAUACAGACGACCAUAUUUCGGGGUCGAAGCUAUCUCGGCGAACGUGGAUGAUAAGACGCUUCACGAAUUCUACCUAUGGCCUUUUAUGGAUGGCGUCAGGGCUGGUGUAGCCUCGGUCAUGUGUUCUUACAACCGAAUUAAUAACACGUACGGGUGCGAAAACAGCAAACUCCUGAAUGGUAUUCUCAAAACUGAGCUUUCAUUUGAUGGUUUUGUGCUUCUUGAUUGGAACGCUCGGCAUAACCUCGAUAGCGCAAAUGCUGGACUGGAUAUGCUCAUGCCCGGAGGAGGGUCUUGGGGCGACAACUUGACUCAAGCCAUUCAUAAUGGAUCUGUUAAUGACGACAGAAUCACGGACAUGGCUACAAGAAUCCUCGCAGCAUGGCAUCUAGUAGGCCAAAACGACACUAGCUUCCCAACGCCAGGAAUUGGUAUGAAGAACCUCACCGAACCACAUGAGCAAGUUGAUGCCCGUAUCCCCGAGUCGAAGCCUACGAUUCUAGAGGGUGCAAUCGCUGGACAUGUCCUAGUGAAGAAUGAUGGUGCCUUGCCCUUCAAGGAGAACCCGAGAAUGCUAUCCGUUUAUGGUUACGAUGCCACUGUUCCCGAUACGAAGAAUACGGAUGUCCUCUUCCAGCUAGGGUAUACAUCUUCCCAGGAAAUGGGCCAGGCAGUUCUGGGAACAGAACAGCAUUUUGACCAGGCUGCAAAGGGGGGCACAAUUGUCACAGGAGGCAGAGCUGGUGCUAACGCGCCGGCUUAUAUCGACGAUCCAUUGAGCGCUAUCCAAUAUAGAGCGAAAUCCGACGGUACUUGGGUUAAUUGGGAUUUAACCUCAUCCAACCCUGAUGUGAAUACUGCGUCGGAUGCAUGCUUAGUUUUCAUUAACGCGAUUUCAACCGAAGGUUGGGAUAGGGAAGGGCUCCACGAUGACUUUAGUGAUGGGCUUGUCCUGAACGUCGCAUCUAAAUGUGCCAACACCAUCGUCGUAAUCCAUGUUGCAGGUGUCCGCCUAGUUGACCAAUGGAUCGACCAUCCUAACGUUACUGCGACUGUCAUUGCUCAUUUACCAGGUCAAGAUAGCGGGGAGGCUUUGGUGAAGCUUCUCUACGGCGAAGCGGUGUUCUCUGGAAAGCUCCCUUACACGCUAGCUAAGAACGAAAGCGACUAUGCAGUCUACGCUCAGUGUGGCCGUGGACCAUCCAAUACGACGGACCCCCAAUGCGAUUUUACUGAAGGGGUCUACGUCGACUAUCGUCACUUCGACGAGAAGAACAUCACCCCACGUUACGAAUUUGGCUACGGGUUAUCGUACACGACGUUCAACUACUCUUCUCUGUUGAUUGAGACGCUAGAUACCAAGUUGGGAUCGGGAGGUCCCAUUACUUCGAGCAGCGAUGAAAAAUUGUGGGAGUUUGUCGCUACAGUGAAUGCGACGAUCACCAAUACGGGCGAAAUAGGGGGUGGGGAAGUAGCGCAGCUUUACCUAGGUAUUCCAAACAGCCCCCCAAAGCAAUUACGCGGCUUCGAGAAAUCCGUGCUCCCUCCAGGGGAGUCAGCUGAAGUCAUUUUUCAAUUGACGAGGCGCGAUUUCAGUGUGUGGGAUGUCAUCGCCCAGGGUUGGACCGUACAGGAGGGCGAGUACGCCAUUUAUGUAGGAGCCAGUAGUCGGGAUAUCAGAUUAACAGGUAGUAUCGCGGUUUAGUGGACAGCGAUACACCACGAUCUAGAUACCCCGGAGACUCAGUUCACGAUGUCGCUUUAAUUCUUCACGCACUAUAUCCAUAGUAAUGCAUUCACAAGUUGGCACUUGACCUUCAUCGAAAGCAUUUGAGGGAGCCUCAAAGGUACGACUAUAGUAGGUAACUAGCAGGUGCCUAGCAAUUAAUCAAUAAGCAUAGCACCCAUAUCUUUGAAUUUAACUGAAGGGCCAAAGCCUUUGUCUCAUUCAA